AUGGAUUCUUCCAAUGUAAGAAAGUCAAACAUACGAAAGGGAAAGGUUGAGAUCAAGAAAGUGGAAGAAAAAAGCAAAAACUGCGCGACCUUCUCGAAAUGCAAACAAGUAUGGUUGUGGCUACCCGAUCCGGACUCCGUCAUCCGCCGCUACCACGGUGGCGCCGAAGGAGGCGAAGAAGGGUAUCACAACCGUGCUGCUAAAAGGAGGUUUCAAGAGGGUGUCGAAACCCUAAAGCUGAAAUAUGAGGCAACUGAAGCUAAGUUGAAAGAAGAGAAUAUGCAUCAUGAAGAUACCACUGAGGGAAAAAAGAAUGGUUUGGUAUUCACUGAAUGGUGGGAUCUCUCCCUCGAGGAUAUGGGUUUUGAACAAGUUGAGGAAUUCAAGAAUUGCUUAGAAGAUUUGAAGAUAAAACUUGUUGCUGCAAGGGAAAAGAAGAAGAAGAAGGAGGUUGAUAAUUCACUUCCACCAUUGCCAGUUGCACUUCAACCAUUACCAGUUGCAUCAUCACCGAUGCAAAGCUUAUCAGAUGUGUCUUUCUUGAAUGAGGGUUUCAAUGGGUAUGGUGUAUGGAACUGUGUCAUAUUCCAGACUUAA